UCUGCACCGUGCUACGAGGCAGCCACGGCAGGCUCAAGAAAUCAAGCAGGCCCGGUCUCGCGUGCACAAUUUCACCAAUUACGGGACUCUCUUGCGAUCUCAAAAUUUCUUGAUCCUGUCGUGUUGACAAACCCCAUAACGGCCUUAGCAAGGCGCCCGCCUCGCUCUGCUACCGCUGUUAGUUUAUUGUACCUACGGCCAGGUGGCCCGGCAAGAGUUUCUUUCAUCUGGUGUCAUCAUCCGUCUGUUCUACGGCCUCUAAUUCACAGUUCCUGAGGGGUUGUUCCUUUCUCGCAACUAGAACCCAUUUUCGUGCACCUACGCAUGACAAUUACGAUAUAGCCUAUCUCUAUCCAACCUUUUCUGCACGGCCGUCGGGUUGUAUGCACGACACACCCGUACAAGAAAGAAGUCAGACAUCGGUAUUGGUCUGACAAGACAACCGAUGUCAAAGUCGGCCUUUUUCGUCCGUGUCUAAAACGAGACAAACGGAGAAGAAGGGAAGGGGAAAAAAUUAAGUGGCGCGCUAAAGGUGUCCGUCACCUGCCUUGGCCGCUCUAACUUUUCCUACUUUCUGUCAUUUUGGUGUGCCCACGAUUACUUUGGGUGUGGCCGUAAAGAGACAAAACUCGACCUUUUAUUGGGCAAUUGGACCGCGAUCUUCAUGGCUCUGUCGCCCCGGUCGUGCACUAUACAGUCUACCAAGCUGCCGUCCACUUUACUUUUCUCUGGGCUGAGAGCGACCCUUGCUCCUGGCGGUCCCCCAAAUCCCCAGCCUCAUCUUGCAUGACAAUCCAAAGGCAAGCCAAUAAAAAUCAACAAAAUAUUAGAGGAAAGAAGCAAAAGAUAUCGAUAUAGCAGGAGUCCUUUUGUCACCUGAGGCCGUCGGUAUACGAGCCGGAGAACGAACUUGGAAAUAGGGAAGCGGCGGCGGAAGUGGCAGACGAAUCGAAUGCCCCAAAUUCCGCUCAAGGCUUUCGACUUUCCAAGUAACCCUAACAGGCUAUCCCCAAGUUGCGCUUGUCAUGCGAGACGAUCGUCACUAUUUCCCGGCCAGGAUAGUCCCAGUUGCGAUAGUGCAACAAACCUGACAAGACGGCUUAUUAUCCACUAAUAGUUUGGCCGGAGCGCGAGUCGACCAGAGCUUCGCUGAAGGUCUGACGACUUCUGCAACUGCCGCAUCCACCCGUAUAUAGCUUUUCACCGCGGGGAGAUUCUCCAGCCUCCCACGGCUACCCUUUUGAAAGGGGGUGGGCAUAGAUCAGGGCUGCCAUCUCUUAACACUGGGCCACUCGCACGCUGGAUUCUUAAGCUUGCGCAUACCGUACAUGCUUGAAGAAUUGCUCCCGAUCCUCAAGUCACGUUCUUGUCGGCCGCGAAGCAGGUCAAGGCCGACAAACUCAGGGCAAGCCGGCCUUGGGAAGUAGGGGGCAUCCAAGACCUGAGUCAACUGCCAACCUUCAUCCUUUUGUCGGCUUGACCCGGCAACGAUUGCCACGACUCUUAUAUUCCGCAUAUAAAGACGUUGACUUGGCACUUCCGCACGCUUUUUGCAGCAAGCAGCAAUAUCAGACCGCAAACCCAAAACAAAAACUAGAAAAAAAAGAGACAAAAACCACAUACACACACACACACACACACACACUUACCAAACCGUCUCAACUGCGCCAGCUCUCACAGUAACCUCUGUGUGCGCAGUCGAUAUUGCAAACGUCCGGCUAAGCGCGCGUUAUCAAAUCCAUCAUAAGAUACCACUCGAUCUGAUCCUGGUUCACGGCGCAUUGUUUUAGGACGCUCAUAUCAGCCCCGCGACCCAUCAUUUCGAACUCCGAAAAAAAGAAGUAGGUCUAGGCACCGGCAGGCCUUGGCCUUCGAUAUCCACGAGAAACGGAACGCUUGUCGCAUGCUGAACAAGCACAGUUUUCAGGAACGACGGCCAAACAACGACGGCUGGGCUCUGCUGAAUGUGUGUUGAGGAGACGUGCUGCCGCACUCGACGACUAUAAACUUUCCUGACCCUCGGGGCAUGGAUGACAACAAUAUUCGUAGGAGGCAGAAUGAACAACCGGUUCAUCCUGCUUCAAACCAGAGAUAUUCCCAACAAUCAAUCCAAGAUCCUGCGCAGCAGCGACGGUACGCGACUUCAUCAUCGGCCGAUAGCAGAUACCGCGCGGCACCUCUGAACUCGUCCCCUGCCGGAACAGCUCGGGGCAUGGGCGGUUCGGCAGGUUACAGCGGUUACUAUCAAGACUCCACAGCAGGCGCAUUCCCAACAGGGACGGCCAUGCCGCAAUCAUCAAUGUCUUCCUACCAUCAGUCCACAACUGACUACGGUCAAGAUGGACGGCAGACGCAAAACUUUACGGGCUAUAACCCCGCAAACAUGAUGUACAAUGUACAAUCAGCAAGUGCUCAGAACCCUGGCGUAUACGAUACGAGCCAGCAGUCGUUUCAGAGGCAGCCAACAGCAGCAUUACAGAUGAUGGCAGCUGACGUUGCUAGCGCAAACCCAUACUUUUCUGGAGAUGCGUCCAACACGGGCACCGCCUCGAUGCAGGCCCAGGGCGCAUCCUCAAACACAUCCUCGGCGGUGUACCAAAACCCAGCGGAUAGGAACGCUCUCCUCGGAUACUCUGGCAAUAUGGCCAGCAUGAGUGGGCUGGCGUCGCAGGCGGCGGGUGCGGCGGCGGCGGCGGCGGCGGCACCGGCGGCAGCGACAGCAGAUGUCAGCUUGGACGAGCAGGAGUACCCAGCCACCAGUGGGCUGGACGAGGCAUACGCCAGCUACCAGACUGCACUCAAGGAGAUAUUCCAGAAUGUGACAAACGGUAUUCUUCAAGCAGCCAGCGAAUCCCUUCUCAACGUUUCCGACUGGCUUCUAUCACAUGUCACAGAACUUGGAUUAACGUCGGACGAUCAAACCCUGUACAAUGACAGGAUAAAGCUCUGGAAUGACUUCAAUCACGCCUGGCUAUCUUUGCUCCAGAAGCAGAAGGAGCUGAUGGAAUCUGGCCAGCAAUUGCAGCGGAAUCAGACACUUAUAAACAAAGAUGGCCUAGAAAAGAUGGCCAAGGAGCUAUUGAGGCUUUGCGACCAGAUCGAGCGACACGGCUUGGUGGACUAUCAGUAUGGAGUAUGGGAGGAGCAGAUAAUUGCGAUUCUGGAAGAAUGUGCGGACUUGUAUGGUUCAGGGGACGAGUCUAACGGGGCGUCCGCAACCUCAGCCUCUCGCAGACAGUAACCGAAGGUUGCCAUGACUCUUAUUACUUGACCGCUUCACGCUAGACGCGUCCUAGAUAAGGGAAGCCGUCUAGAGUAUCUGGCAUAACCUGUUCCUGCCACAAUAACGACUUGAUGUCUCAUGCCCUUCCCGAUACACGAUUAAUGCGAAUCUGCCCACCCUACCCACGUCGAUUACGUUCUUCUAGUUCAUCAGUCCUAUGCUCUAUUCACUGCCCCUCCGACUUGCGGGGCAAUCCUUGUGCUCUAUGGCAAACAAUAUUACAUUGGUGGAGUUGGUUGGUUUGGAAGGCUGGUUUACAAGCGCAUCCCAUACAUUCUGCGGCUCGCGAGGGACUUGACGUACCCGCUGUAUAUGCCUCGAACUUGUGUAUAUUUUGCCCCCUUUUCACCCUGUCUGUUUUGCCUUAAAAUGCCUGCAAUACCGACUCUUCUAUUUUUCGGACUUUGCUUUUGCUCUUCGCUUACUCAUAAGACCCUGUCGAUUGGUUGAUACCCUUUUCUUUCUUUUUGGCAGUUCCGAUUCUCUGCAAUGAUUCGACGAACGAGGCUUCGGGGGAAUACAUCUCAAGAAAUGGGGGGUAGGCUUACGCGUUUGCUUUCCUGUUGCAUCAUCUGGGGGUGUUCAGGGUGUCAUGUUCUGGAUCGGAAGUAGACUUGCUUGCCGACGUUUGGUUAAACCUCCGUUUUUUGACGGGGCCCAUGCUGCUAAAAGCCAUUUUUAUCAUUAUUGUUUGUUCAUUUGCCCUCUCGUUUUUGGGCCUCAUUAUAUUUACUGUCACCUACUUAGAAGUCAUCUCCAACCUCACCCUCACGGGAUCGUGUUGAGUUGGAAGUAGAUACCUGGUUAGCCUAUUGAUGUUCUCUAAAUACUAAUCUCAG